CCUGUUGGUCUGUUGACAACUUGCAUCCUCGCAUCUCACGACACAAGCAAGCAUGAAGUGGAACAUUGGCUCCACGUCGUCGUCGGCCGCGGCCUCGGCGCCAUCCCUGCCCGCCGACCACCCUCCUGUGCCGACUGGCGCUGCGCAGUGCCCGAUCGACCAUGCCUCGCUCUCGCCCGAAGCCAUCGCAGCGCACAAGGCGCGCACGGAGAAGAAGGCGGCGCAGUGCCCCAUCGACCACGCGUCGCUGCCCCCAGAGGCGAUUGCGGCGCACAAGGCGCGCGCGGAAAAGAAGGCCGAGUGCCCCAUCGACCACGGGGGCAUGAUGGGCGCGCUCGGCGCCGCUGUCGGCGCACCGAACGCCCUCAACCCCGUCAACCACAUCCCGCAGGGCUUGUCGGCCACCGAGCGCGCGCCAGGCCAGACCGUCGACCUGUCGACUGAGCGGACGAUGAGCUCGAUCCCGCGGCCGCAGACGAAGGAGGACGCGUACGGCGGCGGCGAGGACAAGGUGUGGGCGUACCCGAGCCCGCAGCAGUUCUACAACGCGCUCGUCCGCAAGGGAUGGGAGACGCCAGAAGACUCGAUCGACAUGAUUGUCGACAUCCACAACUUUAUCAACGAGGGCGCAUGGGACGAGAUCAUGAAGUGGGAGCGGCGGCGGCCGGGGGGCGAGCACGCGCAGCUCGCCAAGUUCCAGGGACGGCCGCACGACCUGUCGCCGCGCGCGCGCUGGCAGCUGUUCAUGGCCAAGCUGUUCCCGAAUGACUACUCGUCCGAGCCGCCGUUUGACCGGCACGACUGGAUCGUGACGCGGCCCGUUCUCGACGAGCAGGGCAACAAGACCAAGGAGGAGACGUCGACGCGCUACGUUAUCGACUAUUACUCGGUGCCGAGCGAUGGGGGCGAGGCGGUGUUCUCGCUCGAGGUGCGGCCCGCGCUCGACUCGUUCGCGGACGCGAGCGAGCGCAUCAAGAUGGCGGCGCACGAGUGGAUGCAGAGCCGCAGCUAGUGUUGUACGAUUGAUUGCAUACUCAUCUCUGU